GUGUGCAGUUCACGCGGUGCUUUCGCGCUGGCAGUGUCUGGGGAGUGCGGGACAGUCGGUGCGCAUCGUAAUCGUGUGACUAUGCAUGAGCGUUGUGUAGAAAAGCGUACGCAUACGUGCUCACAUCGUAUCUCGCGUCUCGCUCCGUUCUCGUUGCUCCUCGUUUACAUUCGCAUGCAUAGCUAGUGCGCGCGUUUACGUUAGCCUCGUAUCCCCGUGAAAUGUCAGGCGUCCUACGUUACCAUGGGCUGAAUAGCACUUUGGCGGUAGUAGCUGUCAGAUCACGCACGAGCGAGACAACGCGUUCAGAAACCUGGGGUGCGCGAGAGAGCCAGGAAGCGAGAUAGACGGGGCACGGCUGAAAGACGAAAAGUCCGAGUGAAAGUGCGAGAAUUGUCUGUUCUUUUCCUUUUCUAUCUUUCUCUCCCUUCCCGUGAGACAACUGCGAGAACAAAGGCGACGGCUUUGACACGAGCCGCCGCGAGCACGAGGAGCGACUUCGCGACAUCGCCGAUGUUCAAUCGGCCGCAAUGGAGCCCGAGGAACCUCUGAUGCAAGGGAUUCUCCUGCUACCGCCGCAGGGAAUGCUAGGCCAACUCAAGAAAACAUGGCACAAGAGAUUUUGCCAGCUUUUCAGAACAAGUAAUUAUGGGAUCAAACGUGUGGAAAUCUAUGAUAAUCAAGAGGAAGCAAUAAUGCAAUCUCAUUCUCCACGUAUCAUCACCCUAGAUGCUUGUAUAAAAAUUGCUCCUAGCAACCAGUCGCAUGUUUUUACUGUGGUGACUAAAUCAGGAAUACAUUAUUUUGGCUGUUAUUCGGAGAUGGAGAUGAGUCAAUGGAUCAUGGCAUUCCAGUUGGUCGCCUUCAAGGAUAGCGUCUCUAAUCAAACGAUAGAAGAGAACAACGAUCUGUAUUGCACAAGUGGAGAGGGCGUAUUUUCCGUUAAAGUCGUUGAAACAGACGCGUCUAAGCGGUGUGGGUUGGAGGCAAGAAAUUACACAUUAGUGGUUGCAUCGGUCGAUAUGAAAUUGAUGGACGGUGACAUCGUUCUGUUCACAUGGCCGUACAGGUAUAUCAGGAGAUAUGGAUACAGGGAUGGCAAGUUCAUCUUUGAAGCUGGGAGAAAGUGCGAGUCCGGAGAGGGCUCCUUCCGUUUGGAGCAUAGUAGCCAGCAGGAGAUAUUCCGAUGCAUGUAUUCUAAAAUGAGGUCCAUGAAAAAGUUACUGAACGAGGAGAAUAAUCCGAGCAUAGAUUGCAACGACGCUCUCCGCGCAGCCCUGUCAAUGGAACCCGGCUCUAGAGCGGCUUUACCGCCUUCGCCGAACAAUUCUAGCAAUUUAAUCGACAUAGAUUUCUCCAGUUCGCAAAAUUCCCAAAAGCAAAUGAGCUCGUCAUCGAGCGUGGAUUCCAUCACCUCGUCAACCAGAUCCACAAAUAAGUCCAAACCCGCCAAGCCACCACGAAAGUACGUUUUCGGCAAUCUGCUGGAGAAAAAGAAUGUCGAUUCAGAAUUUCUGGAUUUACCUACAUGCGGAGAAUAUAGAAGUCUGAGUCAGGCUAAUUCGCCGGAACUAUCUCAUAAAGCGAUCGAUAGUACGUGCGAAGAUGACGGGAGACAUUCCUACGAUUUGGUAGAGAUCAGAAAUGACGCCUGGAAAACGCACGGUAUCGAUAGCGUGCAUCAUACCGAGAGGAUGAACGCGGAUUUACCCGAUGAGAGAGACGAAGAGAACGACAAUGAUGAUUUUCAGUACGAGGUCAUGAUGCCUGUUGCACCAUAUCCAAAUUCCUGCAAAAGUAAAGAAAUCAUUACGCCAUCGGUGAUGCAGAAUAUCGUGAAAGAGGAGUCGGACUACGAUAAAUUGGAACACUUUGGGUCUGCGUCGAAACAUAGUCAAUAUAAAUAUAAUACAAACUCCUCGCAAAAUAUGCAUUCCAACGUCUCUCACGCAGAUAGCGCUAAUUGCAAUCUCGUUAAUCCGACAUGGUCUAAUUAUGAUAUCGUUGAGGAUAUGUCUGCCGUUAGAUUAGCUGACGACAGUCACUUAGGAUAUGGUAUUAUUCGGAAGAAGACGGAUUUAUCUGAGAACGCUUCCGUUACUAGUACCACAGGUGGUCCACAGCACAAAGUUUUUAACAACAGCGAAUACGCAAUUGUAUCAAAACCAAAAAGGGUGUAAAACACACGUGUGAACGUCGAAGUAUUAUCACCCAAAAUUCUACUUAGAUUUCAAUUCCGGAUAUUCUCCCUGAUAUUUUUACAGUUAAUUAUAGGAAUAUGAAAAUAUGCUAGUCUGCAUUUGCGUGGCUAGAAUGACAAAAAAAAGUCUCGCUUUAAUUUCUCGCUGUUAUAAAAUUUUUGAAAUAUCGCGAAAUGCUUUAGAAACACAUAAUAGUUUUUAUAUAUCACUUGGUAUUGCAAUCUUGUUCGCCUUUUAUACAUAUUUAUAGAGACACUAGUCUUAUUAAUUGCUAUUUUAUACAUAUAUACA